AUGAAAGAAUAUACAGUUACGUCUCAACGAUGUAAAAGUUUGCUAAUGCCUUAUCUAUAUUUUAUGGAAGAAGAAGAAAGAGACGAGCUUAAUCUAAUUGAUUCAAAUGAUAUUCCGAAUCACCCAUUAUUCAAUUAUGCCAAAUAUUUAAAAUAUCUCCAUGUAGAUAGAAUUAUUACUAUAAUAAAGACUUUGUUGAAUAAUGAUACUUAUUUCGAAGAUUCUGAAAGACAAGUUGAAGUAAUAUUAACUAGUUUACUAAAUAUUUUUAUAAAAUUUUCAAAAGUUAUGAAAAUAAGUUUUGAAUCGAUAUAUCAAGAGAAUAAUUCAAUAAUCUUGUCAGCAUUUUCUUACUUAAAAGAUAAAAAUGAAAGUUCAUUUAAAGAUUUUUUUUCAAAUUUUCAAGAAUUUGAAUGCUCGUCGGUGUAUCCGUCCAAUGACGUUUUCGACCUUUUUCGUAAGCAUUCUUCAAAUAUCAAAUCAUUUACCAUAACCAUGGAAACGCCCGAUUUAUUCACUUUAUUACGUAAUUCCGAAGUUGGAAUAAGUGAACUUAUUAGCAUUCAACAUUCAAUCACUGAACUUAACUUUCAAGGUGAACAAAUUUCAACAUUUAUAGGUAAUCAUUCAAUCCAUAACUUAUUUAAAUCACAUCCAAACAUCACAAAAUCAUUAAGAAAAGUUAGGAUUUCUAACGUUAUUUAUAUGUCGAAUAUAUUAUUAAAAAGUGCUGAUACACUUGAAGAUUUAGAAAUUAACUUUUCAGAUCCACAUUUUGAAAAUUUAUCUACGAUAAAAGUAACGAACGUACGAUUUAUCAAAUUAAAAUAUUUACGAAUCAGUGCAAACACUUUCAAUAAUGAAUUUUUGGGAUUCAUUUUAAAUUCAGGAGAUGAAGAUGGAGGAAAAGGUGGCGGAUUGGAACAUAUUUCGAUUACGACUUGGACGACAAGGAAUAAUAGUUGCAUGUUAUUGUUAGACGCAAUAUCAUUAAGGCAUUAUCAAACCCUGACAUAUUUACAUAUUCCGAUUAAAAUUACCGUUAAAGAAACUCUUGAAAAAUUAAGAGAUUUGUGUGAAUUAUGCAACAAAUUGAAAUUUUUGCGAUUUGAUUCCAUUAAACAAAGCGAGGGACACGAAAAUUAUUCAUGUGAUAUUUUACAAUUAUUAAAAGAAUAUAGUAGUUUAAAUAUUACAAAAUUUGAAUUAAUGGGAUGGUGGAGUUUAUCACCCGAAAAUGUUAUUGAAUUUAUUGAUUAUAGAAAAUCUUUAAACUGUUAUUUUAAAUUAUAUAUUGAUGAUUUAGACCAUUUUUUACUUUCUCCGUACAUUAAUGAUGGAAUAUUAAAUAUUACAUAA